AUGGCGAGGCCUCUUAAGCAGUGGCUGUACAAACACAAGGAAAACCCCUACCCCACCAAGACAGAGAAGGUCCUGCUCGCCCUGGGGUCCCACAUGACUUUAGUACAGGUCUCAAACUGGUUUGCCAAUGCCCGGCGGAGGUUGAAGAAUACAGUGAGUCAGCCAGACUUAAGUUGGGCUCUACGGAUCAAACUCUACAAUAAAUACAUCCAGGGCAACGCUGAGAGAAUGAGUGUCAGCAGUGAAGACACCAACUCUGAGGAUGAUGAGUGUCACUUACAAACUCCAGCUAGCCAACCAGAGCUCUCCAGGCCCUCACUUAAGAGUGUCAUCAAACAGGAGAACAGGACUGAUCCUGCCUUCAGUGACGACUAUGUCUCUCCACCCCCCAAGUACAAGAGCAGCUUGCUGAACCGGUACAUUAACGACACCAUACGACACGUGAUCGCAACCCCUGAUGACGUCACAAAGUCCCACCUGAGGAACCACUCAGGGUCGUUACGCUCCAACGAGUGUGACGACGACCUCGUCUCGCCUUCUUCCUCUGAGGCAGAGGCAAACUCUCUCUACCAUAUGGACACAGUGAACUAUGCAUCAACUAGAUGUGACAGUGAGGGGAAGAGUGAGAGAGGCCAGAGGAGGGAGGAGGCAGAGUGGAGAGAGAUCCACGCUGCCAUGGCUCUGACUAACUUGGCGCAGGGGCAGUGCUGCGCCACAGGGACUACCACCACCAGCUGCAUCAUCCAAAAGUCCUCCCACAUCUCAGAAAUUAAGACUGUCAAAGUGUCCCUGCCAAACAAUGUCUAG